CACCUUGCCUCGUGCAUGCGCGUCAUGGUCUCUCGCGUCGAGUCGGGCCCCAGCUUCGUGGUGCCCAGCUGGAUCCGGACGGCCAUUCGUGGGGCCCGUCGUUAGGUCGCGCUUACGCGAAGCGCACAGACAGCCGCCGAGGAAGCGUCUUGGCGCGGCGCGAUCUCGUGCCGCAGCCGUCAUCGUGAACCACGACAAGCCGUGCCGUGCCGUGCCGUGCUGUGCUGUGCCGUGCUGAGCCGAGCCGAGCCGAGACGGGACGGGACGAUACGAGACGAGACGAGACGGACUCUCUUCGUGCUCUCUGAUGUAACCCCCUUCUCCCUGCACCCGCGAAACCGCAUCGCGGCCGUCGUGUAUCGCCGCGAUUACGCACACACUCGUAAGCGUCGCCGUCGUGCGGUCCCAACAUUCGCGAUCCCGUAGAUCGCCCGCGAUCGCCUGCGAUGCGUCCUCGCGCGCGCGUCGCGAGCCUGCCGCCGCCGGGAUCGAUUCGCGCCGCUGAUCGAGGCCGAGCCCCGAUUUCGAGAGUGCGUCUUUUGUGCGCGACGGUGGCCCUCUCGGGGUGAAGGACGUGAGAACCGGUGGAGUCUACCUGCGCGAACCUCCUGGACGACGAGGUCUCCAGAAGGGGCCUCUCGGCUCGGUCUAGCCGACCGGCGACGACGAUCGGGAAGAUCGUCUCCCACUGUAAUCAGCGCGCGAGGAUUUUCCCAGGCCGAUCGGGUUAAUUAAGAAUCUCAUUUUGGCUUGUCCUCUCGCUCUGAGGGUCGCCGGGUCGUGUCAAAUCUCGAAGAUGGAUGGGGCAGCUUAACCUGUCGAUGGCUAUUUAUCUCUGGAUGACCGCUCUUGCAGCUAAUUGCGAGAGAAAGACGGACAACAGCGGAGUCGGGGAUUUUGAGUGCAGUGGGAAAGUGCAAAUCGGUAUCGCGGGAAACUGUUGUUUCAUAUUGAGGGGACUAGAACCGAUUACUGCAGCACACGCAUCAUCAACGUAUAGAUCAUAAUUCACUCCGUAGUAUCGCGCUUCUCUCUCUUUCUCUCUUUCUCCCCCUUUCUCUCUCUUUUUCUCUCUCUUUUUCUCUCUCUUUCUUUCUCUCUCUCCCUGAGUCCGAGGCACGCGCAUAGAGUCGUUGCGAAUCAAGUCUCGAAUACAAUUCAGAUCGGACGAAGCGUUAUGCGGAUUUAACGAUCCAUCCAGCCGAUCGUAAAGCAAAAAAUAUAGCGUGGCGUUUAUUAGGGAUCGUAACUCACGAAUCCUCGGCGGGUCGACCUGCAAUCGCGCGAGACGCGCGCGAGAUCAGGUGAUAGAAACCGGAAAGAAACGGUCCCCAGAGGCGGAAUCGGGAGAGGAAGUGAGAUAUCUGGAUUUGUAGAACGGUCGCGUUGCUGAUGUGUGCCACGGAUAUACGUUGUGCCAGUGCGCUCGCGCUUCAGCAAGAUCGGCUCGGCGAUUCGACCGCGUCUCCUGCCGCUCGCGGAUGUUGAUCGGCAUCGAAAUCGCCGAUUUUGCCGUGCGGCCGACGCGAGUGUCGCGACGUGAGCGCGCGUGCAUGGGGUGAGAGGAGGUGCGAGUCGACGGAAACGACUGCUGGGCCUCUCCAAGUGCUCUCCAGCCGGUGUGAAUACAUCUCACCGAGACGGAUUUCGGAUCAUGGAUCUCCGCGCUGUCGCCCAGCGAGCGUACUUUCUCAGGUGGAAUCGUGCGGAGGGCAUCGGCGAAAGUAUUUUCGAUCGUUUGCAGAAGGUGAGGGAAGGAUGAAGAAUGCCCCGCGUCGGCGGAGGAGACGGGGGUAGCGGGCCCCAGAGGACGGGAGGCGCUGGUGGUUUCGGAGGAUGGCUGGGGGGCGCCGCGAGGGCCAUGACGGGCGGAGGUGUCGGUGGUGGAUACGUCGUUCUGGGCGGCACCAGAUACGGUCUUCGGAUCUCUCAGGAGAGCCUGCCGCCGGCCAACCCCAGGGAGGAGUCGCAGGAGCGUCGGCGGAAGCGGAACUCGCGCGAGAGCGACUCCCGGGAGCGGCUGACCGAGAAACCUGCGGCGGAGAAGUCGCCGAUCGACCUGGCGGCCAGCAUCGCCGACUGCUGCUGCAUCGGUCCACGGUCGCGACUUCCGCUUCCGCGGAUCCCACCGGCGGUCUCGUCCUCUUCGACCGCGUCCUCGAUGGCGACGACGGCGGCGUCUGCACCGCCCCCGCCGCCGCCACCGCCGCCGCCCUCGUCGUCGUCGUUGUCGUCCACCACGUCGUCGUCCACUUCGUCUACGUCGUCGUCGUCGACGACGUGUCCUCCGAUCACCGCCGGUGGUUACACCUCCGUAGUAGAUACCGUCAGCGUCGGAGCUGCUGGCCGCGGCUGCUCGCCGCCUCUUCCUGCUUCUUCGAGUCUCGCGGAGACGACGUUCGCUAAUAAUAGUCGCGGCGCGGUGCAAACGUCGGUGGGGAACAUUGGCAGCACCAGCCAGCAUCAGCAGCAGCAACAGCAGCAGCAGCAGUAUCACCACCACCACCACUACCACCAACAGCAGCAGCAGCAGCACCACCACCACUACCACCACCAGCAUUAUCCACAAACAGCGGCGGCGGCAACGUCGUCGUAUUCGCCGCCGACGACGACGCCGUCCUCAUCUUCGACGUCGCUCAGCUACUCGUCCGGCGUCCCGACAGCGACGCAGACCGUCUCCGUGCCGCGGCAGCUCGCGCAGUGGACGAAGCAUCAGACGCUUAAGCUGCAGGAACCAGCAGUGAUAGCGGUGGACCGACUGCACAGGUUUCGGUGGAGCGGGGGCGGAGGAGGAAGUGGCAAGAAGUCCUCUUCCGGCCCCCGCAGCGAGAAGGCCGAGCGCCUUCGCGAACUCACCGAGAAGCUCAAGGGACCGGCACCGGUCCCGCCACCCAGAAGACCGUCGCGAGUACAGGCUUUCUCCCCUCCUCCGAGCGGAUACCAGCCGUCGUCUCAAAAUUAUCCGCAGACGGGUUCCGGCUGUGGUCGUUGCGACGGUCGCCCGUCUCAUCGCAGCUAUACGUACAGCGAAGGUACCCAACAUGGCGGUAACAAUCAGCAAUCUCAGCAACAACAGCAGCAGCAGCAGCAGCAGCAACAACAUGAAUAUCCGAAGACAAUUGUCCGCAGUGAGAGUGUCAGUGAAGAGUGUCUCAGUGAUCGGUCGGGGAACAACAACGCGUACAGCAGGAAGCCCUGCCACGACUCGAGGAAGUCCUCGAGAUCGGGCAGACCUGAGAGAAACAGUGGUGACGUCAGUGACCUCAGGAGCGAGCCGAACGCCAGUGCGGAGGCGGCGAAGCACUUGAGACAGUAUAGUGAUUCCGUGGUGGACAGUGCUACGAGUGUGGACGAUCUGUGCGAUAACCUGAACGUCGCUUCCGGCGGCGGCAACGAGGGGGAGGCCCGGGACGCCAUCACCAGGCUGGAGCCGCGUGGGUUGCUCGCCUUUCACAGGACCGGCGCGCCCUUCAGGAGCGCCUCCUUCGGCCAAGUGGACUUUAAUCAAGAUGCAGAUUUUACUUUCAGCGCGAAUUCGCACUUUCCUCUUCCAGCGAAUCGACAGAAGAGCCAGCCGAUCGCGACAUCCAAUCGCACCGAGUCCAAAGACGUGCGUGCGAGCACGUUGCCCCGUCGUCGCGGGGACGCGACGCCAGGCGGCACGACACCGCACAACAGUCCCAAUCGACAGAGCCCGAGGACGUCGACGCCCAGCGUCGACAGCGCCGUCGGCUCGGCCGAGGGUCUUGGCGUACCUCAGCAGGGCAAUCUCGAGGAGAUUCGACCCAGGAGCGAUGGCUCCGACAGCCUGGCGACUUCCAGCGCACUCACCAGCCCGGAACCGCUGGUGCCGGAGACGAACGAGCCCAGGGUCGACCUGGUGCAGUCGGACGCGCCGGUCGUCGAAGUGGUCAGCCACGAAUCGGUCUACCCUUUGGUCGAGAGCAACACUGUCGAGGAGACUGUCCAGAAAGAGACCAGGAUAGAGCCGCACGAGGUGAUCAUCACGCCACCCCCGGAGGAGCCACGCUUGAGUCAAGCGAGCGAGGGCAGCGAGGCGCUGAGCGAGACACCUUCGGAGGCGUCCUCGCCUUCCGGCAAAUCGAGACGAUACCGGGGCGACACUAGCAAGAGGAGGAAGGGCGUGUACAUAACUCAAUGGCCGGAGCCCUUGGACGCGGACAGAAACAAGCUGUCGGCUCAGAGCAGCGAGGAAAGAGACGAGCCACCUGCGACGCCCAGCGACCUGUCCGACUGCGAGGGCCACACGCCUCGAAGGUACAGCAAGAGACCUCUGCGCGGACCCUACGGGCAGAUGCUGGAGGCCGAGAUGGCGAAGCCGCGCACCACCGACAUCGCGCUCGAGGAAGGCCUUCGCCCUCGCAGGAAGAUCUCCGCGAAUCUCUCGUACAACGCGAGCAGCAACAACAGCGGCUCCGAGCCGCCCACGCCCUGCCACCAUCGGACGACCUCCAGCCCGACGAAACUCGAGGGACUUCCGGGGCCGAGUCCCGAGCUGCUCGCGGAGCUGCUGAGAGGAUCCUCGGAGAGGGUGGCUCGCGCACCGGCGCAUCGAAACGACACGAGGACGCACGUGGUUGUGGAGCUUUAUGACACGGAACGCUCUUAUGUGGAGGCGCUACAAAUACUAGUCAAUAAAUACCUGCAGCCCCUGAAGAGCCCCGAGAAUGCCGGUCUAGUGGAUUCCGGAACGGUCGACGAGAUAUUUUAUCAGAUCCCUGCGAUUCUCAGCCACCACGAGGUAUUCUUGGAGGAGCUGCGUAGGCGACUCGACACCUGGGAACUCAGGCAGACGAUCGGCGACGUCUUCCUCGACGUGUUCACGAAACCAGUGGUGCUGGAGACGUACACCCUAUUCCUGGACAAUUGGAAGUCGGCGAGGAAGGCGAUAAAAACAACAUGCCAGGCGAAGCCCGCCUUUGCACGAUUUCUCGAGACGAUGGAGCGCGAACAUAAGGGCAAGCUGGGGCUGGACCAGUUGCUGAUCAAGCCUGUACAGAAGAUCCCGCGGUACGAGCUGCUGAUCCAGAGGCUGCUGAAGCACACUGACUCGACGCACCCCGAUUACGAGCUGCUGCAGGCCGCGCAGAAAGAGGUGCACGAGUUGGUCGUGAAGAUUAACUGUACGGAAAGGGAAUCACUCGAGUGGGAACAGCAGCAGACCACGUUGAGGGAGGUCCAGGCCCUCGUCGAAGGUCUCGCCGGCAUCGUAACGAACGACAGAGCUUUCGUCCGACACGAUCUGGUCACCAUAGCGUCGAAUCAGGGCACACGGAAGGAACGGGCUUUAUUUCUGUUUUCCGAUCUCCUCGUCAUCACCAGCAUCAAGCGCAGGAGCGGCACGAUAAGAAAACCGUCAACGAGCGCGUGUCCAAACAGCCUAGUCGGCUUGCUCGAAGCGAACAAGUACAAAAUGCUGAUGCGGAUCCCACUGGACGAUCUCGAAGUGAUGAAAGCCAAAGAUGAGAAUUUAAGGCGAAUGGCGCGCGAAGUGGACCACCUACGAGAAGACUGCAUGACGUUGACUAAUCUUCAGGAAAUCACCGCGACCUUGCACGGUCCGAAGCAGCAACUGGAAGAACUUAUCAAGGACAUGCUGGGUCAAGCCCAGCGGCAAUUGGCGGAGAGGAAUGCGGCGGAUUCGCAAUUGGCUUGCCUGGAACUCACGCUCAAUACUCAAGCCGGGAUUGAGAAUAUAUCCGUCAUGUUCACGAAGCCUGACAAGCGUGCGAGUUGGGAGGAGAGCUUUAACGAAGCCAAACAGAAACUCGCGCUGUCGGCAGACCGACGACCGUGUCCUGAAUUCGUGGGGCCGUUGCCGAUCAGGAAGACACGAGCGGGUCUUCAGUUCACCUGCGCGGCCCCGACAUUGGCGUACGGACAAGGCUCGAGGGACGUUUGGGUGUGCAACAGUGACGGUUACGUCGGUCAGGUGUGCGUGCUGAGUCUAAGCCCGGAACCGCCGCAAGUCACGUCAUGUAACGGAGUCUGCAACGCCAGGAUACUCUGCGUCGCUGGGAUACCUGCUUGCACGUCUGGUUCGAACUCGUGCACGACGAACAACAGUCCUUUUAUUAACAGCAAGAGCGGCAUUAGUAUAUCGGUGCAAGACGUGGAUGCCAGCGGCGGUAACAUACAAUUAGACAGUAGCUCGAGCUCCGACGAGUCGGACUCGGACGACAUUCCAUGCGCGGACACAGGCAGUGUGACACUAAGCGGCGAUGUAUCGAGCAUCGAUAAUACCGCGACGGAGGAGGACAUCAACCAGCCCACUAUGUGGUUGGGAACCGAGGACGGCUGCAUCCACGUGUACAACUGCAACGACAAUAUCCGGAUCAAAAAGAACAAAGUGAAGAUUCAACACGGCAGCAGCGUGCACUGCGUCAUAUACCUAGACAACAAAGUGUUCGUCUCUCUCGCCAACGGAGACAUCACGGUUUACGCACGGGACCACACCGGUGGAUGGAACACUCCGGAUCCAACGACGGUGUCCGUCGGGACGGUGGCGUCGCCGGUGACCAAAAUGCUGUCCGUCUCCGGGAAACUUUGGUGCGGCUGCCACAACAGCGUGAAGGUCUUGAACACUCACACCUUGGACAUCGAGCACACGUUCACUGUGAGCGACACGAGUCGCGCCGUUUCCUGCAUGGUGAACUCCGGGAGCUUGGGUGUCUGGAUCUCUUUGCACAAUAGCGCGGUACUGAGGCUCUUUCAUUCCGGUAGUUACGAGUGUCUGACGGAUAUCAACAUUGCGCCAGCUGUCACCAAGAUGCUUGCCAUUGCAGGUUGCGAUGACAUAAUUCGGCAGCACAAGGCUGCUUGUCUCAGGGUCACCGCACUGUUGGCUUGCAACGAUUUGCUUUGGAUCGGAACGAGUGCAGGCGUGCUGCUCACCGUGCCAAUUCCCCAUAUAAAGCCAUCCACUCAGAGGAUGUCGCAGCCACCGAUCGUGACUGGAAUUCCUCACGGGCACACCGGACACGUACGCUUUCUCACCUGCGUGGAAACAAUGAGCCCUUCGAAACCGGACCCGCGUCCUAAGGUGAAUCGUUAUUCGUUGAAGUCUAACAAAACGCAGCCGAACAUCAAUCGCGGCAAACUUCUGGUGAUAUCCGGCGGGGAUGGUUACGAGGAUUUCCGCGGGCCUCAAGCAUCCGCCGAGCUGCAAGCAGGUCGUGAGGAUUCCACGAACCACCUGCUGCUGUGGAAAGUGUGAUACGAUCUAGCACGGCCCCAGGUGAAAAGAUGUAGAGGGAAAGAGCAAACCUCAAGUAUAUCCCGAUGGAUCUACAGUUACCAUUCGAACGACAUUCGAGAAGCGUGAGUCUGACGAAACGGCGCUGAUUGCAGGCAAGGGUCGCGGUAAACGAAUGCCGGCAUGACACGCCGAGGGAAUCGUUGUUGUACGCGCAGCACGCGGGCGGACGCCACCACCGUCGUCUGAUCGUGGCCGAUCAGGACGCGUCGGCGCGCCGGGUUUUCAGGGAACGCGGGAAGGUUCUCUGGCUGGUACUAGCCGAGUGGAUCAAGAGCACAAUGCGGAGACUGCACUACUCACAGGAUGUCAAGAAGUAUCGGCUGUAGUUCGCGCAGGAGUCCGCCACUCGAGGACGGUCUCGGAUCUGUCUCUGUCGUUGACACGCGACCUAUGAACGGAUCCACUGUUGUCUGGCCAUCACCAGUCGUGCCAGUCUGAUGCGACAUCAUUUACCAACGACGAGUUUGCUCGCGAGCUUUGCGUGUUCUUCGUUGUACUUUGCGAAUAUACGUCUGAGAUUGUUCUUGAAGAAUAAUACACGUCACCAAACGCAAUGUAUAACGCAAUGUAACGCUAUGUGCAGCACGAAUGUUCAGAAGGUAUCUCUGAGAGUUUUCCUAUGAGAUAUCCUAUUUAUUUUAGACGUCUUUAACAUGCCUCUAAGACGUAUUCUAGACAUUUGUGCUAUGUCAAAGAUGAUACUUAAAUUUGAACAUUAAGAAGCUCUUUACUUUUCGCUAUACAUCAUGCCAAUUUACUUUCACGCGUUACAAGUAGAAUUCACCACUUAAAAUAUUAUAUUCUAUUCAAUUUGGUAUUUGACGCUUUCGUGGUUUGUUUUGGUCUCCGGGCUGGAACCGGAUUUUUUAUCGUAUUGUGCCCAAUCUUUCGUGGACAUUUCAGUUUGCUUCACUAGGGAGAAGAACAACCUGAUACUCCUAUAUUCCAUUUAACGUGUGUUCUUGCAAUAUUUAUAUAUUCAGUCCUAUUUCCACGUUAAGCCACUUGAAUUUGCGUGCUAAAGCAAUUGAUUCAGGAGCAAGUUUACAACUCACUAAAUUAGCAGGUGGUCUAUCAAAGGACUGAGCAUGUGUCUUUGGUAAAUUGUUGGCACCAGACGAAUCGCGGGAUCGGAUUUUAUUCGUUAGAUCUUGAUGAGAUCUGAUUCUCGGUAUAACCCUCGAUGUCGAUGUAUGUUCAUUGUAUCAUAUAGGUGAAAACAUGGUCUCAAGAGCGAUCCGUAAGCUCGCGUUAAGCCAGCAUGCUCCCAGACAAUACGAAAGCCCGAGAGGCGUCCGAAAAACGGGUAUACCUCUUUUAGAUAUCGCUGAGACGCUCCUCGGACGUUCGCAUUGUUGGGAGUCGAUUCGCGCACAAAUGUUUUCUCUUGCAGUUAGCUACACUUUCAUGUACUUUGUGCGCUUGCAAUGGGAGAGGAAAGACGCGAAGAAAGAUUGUGACAAGUGCAGAAAGUCUAGCUAAGCGAAACGGGUCUUCUAUCGCGGACCCGAUGACGAUCGAGCGAGUUGAUCAUCGACGCCGGAGAAUCGACGCGAGAAGUGAGAAGUACGAUACCUGGCAGGGCGUUGAAUCGAGCUUACCUAUGUAUGUAUAUGUAUCAACACUGGCCUAAAUCGAUUAGCGGAUACAGAGAUCUAUAUUUCUUACGACUACUGAAGUGCCAAAUGUCGAAGGUGAAAACGAAUCUGUUCCCCAUCGUUCGUCGUUCGACACUGCGAGAAAAAUACCGGCGUACUUCGUUAAUUCCCGGUACGUGGUAUAAUGUAAACUCAAUGUGUUCGUGUUAAUUGUUCAAGUGUUCACCGAGUCCGAGCACACGUUGGUCGGGGCGAGUGAGCGCGGACAGGGAUUUAUUUCUGCGGCGGAGAUGGGAGGCGUGAGGGAGGAGGAAAGAGAAAUACUGGAAGCUCUCGAGGACCGCAAAAUUUGCACGCCACUUCGCUUCGCGCGCGUGAUUCGUGUUAGACUGUUCGUAUUCUCUAUAUUCGGAUUUCAUUACCUUCUGAUUUGAGUACAAGAAAAGUGCCAAUGAUUCUUCCGUCGUUAACACGUCGUCUCAUAUAUAUACUUUUCUUCAUGGCUAAUUUUUCCUCGUUCCAUUCACACCAUACACACAUACACACAUAAAAACACACACGUAGAAGUUAUUACUCUCGUUUGAAUAUUGUUUGGAAUUUAUCACGAACUUGAACGGAUGAGUGCGUAAAAGUAAUCACUCUAAAGAAGUCUCUGGUAGGGCCGAUUGUUCAAACCUCUUGAUAAGCUACCUGACAGUAAAAUCUGUCCUCGUUUUUUCUUCAAAUUGGACAAAGGCAGACACAGGAUUUAACUAUUAGGUAAUUCACCAAGAAGUUGGAACAAUCGGCCCGUAGUCUUUGAUUCGGCAAAAUUACGUCGGCAAGUAGUGAUCAUUUUUUAUCGUAGUUCCUUUUAGACUCAUUUAUUUAUUCUUCUAGUUUCCUAACGAACACGCGUAUCGUCAUUAUAAUUUACAAUCGGUCGAGAGCAUCGUAAAAUUUAAUAGCACAAAGGGAACAUUCUAAAGGGUUGUGCAUCACUGCUUUAUACGACAAUGACGAUAGACGAUUAAGUCAUUUACGCUCGCUGCUCGUACAGGACUUUAAUCUCGCGAAACUUCGCAAUCAGUGUUGUGCUGGAUGUUGCUGAGAAAACUCGGAAGCACAUCUAGGCCUGUAUUAAUAAUUGUCGCUUGGAACCUGUCUCACGUGAGAUUCUCAAAUUUCUAUUCUGAGUUAAAUCCAAAUUCUUCAGUUGAAUUACGAUCGGGGUUGCGAGUAAUUAAUUACUUUUUUCAUUAAUUAUAUCGUGUUUUUAACGAUAUAAUUAUUGACGAUUAUGAAUCAAUGCAAUUGAAGCCCGUUUACUUGACAAUUGAUUUCAACAAAUUCAAUCGAGAACCGUUCGAUUGAUGAUUAGUUCCAACAAAUUCAACUCAAGAUCGUUCAAUUGACGAGUGAUAUGAGCUAAGGGAAUCGUUCAGUCAAUAAUUGGACUUAGCAAAUUGAAUUAAAGACCGUUUAAUUGACGGUUGAACUUAAUUUAAUGAUUAAACUAAACUAAAGGUUAAACUUAAACGAUUAAAUAUAAUUAACGGUGCAAUUAAACAUUCUUCGAAUGAUUUUACUUGAAUCAAUCGUUAAUUAGUUAAACCGAAACAUAUUUCUUCAAAUCAAUUAUUAAAUUGAGAAAAAUUAAUUAAUAUUUUUAUCUCUAAUAUAUGUGACAUUUAUAUUUGUAAAGUAAAUGUAUCAAUUAUCGCGAAUACGUACUUAAUCCUGGACAUUCUUAUUAUUUUGGUCUUUAAAUACAAAUAUUUAAACUUUCAACAUAGAAUGUAUGUAUAUACUCAAUGCUCGUAUAUAUAUUUUAUAUGUUUAAAGUUUAAAUAUUUAUAUUUUAAAACCAAAGCAAUAAUAUUGUCCAGGAUUGAGUCCGGGCAUUGGCACUUUUAUUACCUUAAUCGCGAUUCAACUGAAAGAAAUUUUUAUAUGACUCUGAGUUCAAAUCUGAAUAUCUCACUUGAGACUCUGAUCCAUUGGAGACUCUGGGUUCAGAUCUGAGUAUCUGAGACGAAUAACUUCGACUAAUAAUUAUUAACACGGGUCGUUAUUAAUCCUCAAUUCGAUAAUAAAUGAUGUUUGCUUUACGCCACGCGACAGUCGUGCGUUUUCGUCGCUUGUGGAAUACAAGCGUGCGCGAGGAACGCACCGAGAUCGCUGAAAACGCGCAACAUUGAUUGCCUCCCAAGUCCAAUGCGGCUGCGAGUGAUUUUAAUAGUUGACCGUGUAGUAGACAUACAGUACGCCUGACAAUAAUUAAAUGGUAAUACACCACGAGGUGAUCGUACACGAGACCAACCGAAGUCGUUGUGAAUGGAGUCGACGUCAUCGUCGGUGUUUCCGCUCGACAUCCUUCGUUCUGCUUGUCGUGAAAGCCUGUUUGACGGCACGGCCGAACGAUUAUUCCGAUUGCAGCGCGAACGCGGUGACUUACGCAUUACUGAAUUCAGUUAGUACUCGAUUAAUUGUCGCGACAUGACAGCGAGUUGAUUGCGACUCGCGACAACGGGGGGAGGGAAUACGACAGAUCCGCGAGCGAAGUGCACUCGCUGUCGUGCGAAACCGGCCGGAUUGAGAAAGGAAGUCGCUCUUCGCGAAGUUUUUUUAGCACAUUACACAACUUCGUCGUUCAUUCUUGUUCAAGACAAGCGGACGUUUUCCAGGUGAGGAGAUACUCGUCCUUUUGUGUUAUUGUGGCCUUUCUAUCCUGCUGUUCGCCAAUUUUCCCCAUAUAACGUGUGCACAAUAGCGUCAAUUGUGAUCAUAGACAUAACAUACAUGGACUCUGAACACCCUUCGUCCUGUCGUCUAAUUGAGUGAAGCCAAUAUCUAGAAAGAGAGCGAAAAUAGAGCUACAGUUUUCUCUCUAUUUUGUCACUUUUUUGUUGCACGUGCAUCCAUUUCUCGUUUCCAUAAUAUUACAGAGUACUCCGACUGGACUGGCAAGCAAAAGUCUUACUUAAGUUUUGAUGCACACUUUGCCUGUGCAGAAAGAGACAGAGGGGCUGAUGUACAUGUUGUCUAUGUAUGAGUCUAUGUAUAUUAUGUCUAUGAUUGUGAUACUCAAAUCGGAAUUCAGAAUUCACUUGUUCAUCCGGUAUGAAAAUGAUAUUUUGUCAGAGAAAGAGAACGACAUAUGUGUAUUAUCAAAUUAUAUGAAUCUUUGUCAGCUAAUAAAACAAGAGAAAGUGUAUGUAUAUGUACGCGCGUGAGAGUGUAUGCGUGCGUGUACGCGUGAGUAUGUAUGUGUGUGUGUGUUCGCGCACGCAAAUGUUACGCAUCGAGCGUAAUUUCGAUCUCUAAGAGGUCGACCUCUCUAGGCAAAUAUACACGGUGUAACAGGAAUUGCGCGAGGUGAGAGAAAACUGUUGUGGUGAUUGCGGUUUCAGUUGUAAUUUCGAUCGAUUGUUAAAAUCGAAAGUAAAUUAUAUUGAACGAGAUGUGAGAGAUGUUCUUGGAUAUAUAUAUAAUAUAUAUAUAAUAUAUACAUAAAUAUAUAUAUUGAUAAUAUUAAAUAUACAUAUAUAACAAAAAAGAAUCUUAAUUAAGACCAGUUAUUAUUAUUAUACGUCUGUUACUGAAGUCAUAAUUUUAAUGUAAUCCUUCUACGAGAACAUACUAACACGUACAUAUAUUGUAUCUCCUUAUAUGUUAUGAAUAAAUUAAAAUGACAGAGUGCAAACGCGCAAUCACAAUGACGUCUUCCCUGAAGAAGUGACCGAUGUUACAUCUUGUAUACGUGGGCGAUUCUGUAGAAAAUUUCGUUGCACUCGCGCACAGAUUCGUGUAUACAUUUUCCCGAGCGACUCUUCGCUCUUCUCUCAACGGUGAGUAUACAAAUUGUCUUUAAUAUCGUUGGUGUUCUGUCUGUGUAUGUGUGUGUGUGUGUAUGUGGUGUGUGUGUGAUAUGCGGCGAGCUGUCUGCCGUCGAUACAAUUGCAUAUUGUGUACCUAUGAUUUCGCUCGCGAUAUCUCACUGCGCUUCAAUCAAUAUACGAUCAAUAUACUUCGGACAAAACACGCGACGCGACAAUAUUUCGGUAAAAGCCAGACGGUGGAAGUGCGAUGUAUGUUGCAUCUUAUCCCUUUUGUACGUGCGAAUAUUGGCGGGUGUGUGUUUGUUCCCCAAAGGACAAAUCGUGAUCUAGUGGUAAUUCUUUUCGGAUUAACGUUUGUUAUCUGGGAAUUGUUGAAAGCGCGAACGCACUACUCUGCGCGCUACACGCAAAAUAUUAACGUAUGUAUGAUAUUAUGUACAAAUAACGAUGUUCGUUUAAAAUAAAGUCGUUUACAAUUGCA